AUGGUGGUCUCUAGGAUACCGCCGCCGGCCGCCUCCCUCCUCCGCCGGCCGCCAAGCCAUCGACUUUCCCGGUUCUCCUCCGCCGCCGUCUCACCGUCUGCUACUCCUCCUCCUACUCCGGAAACCUUCUCCAGCCGGCGGCGGCGGUGGGAGACUCCUCUCUUCCUCCGCCCGCUGACCCACUCCGCCUCACGCGAUGACCUCAAGGCCUUCCACUCGUGGGCCUCCUCCCUGGUUCUCUCCGCCGCCGCAGCCGCCUCUCGUCCUCCGCACCCGUCGGACCCAGAACCGGCCCACCUCCUCCGCGAGCUCCGGUGGCUCCUCCAGGAUGCCUCCACCGAGUCGUUCGAUCCCCACCAGCUCUUCUCCUCCUCCUCCUCGUCGGCUGCUGCCGCCAUAUCCCCGGUGCCCCUGAGAGCGGAGCUGGGAGAGUUGUACGGAAUCUGGAGGGAGAGGGUGGAGGAGAGGCGGCCAUUGCAGUACCUGGUGGGUUGCGAGCACUGGAGGGAUAUGGUGCUGGUAGUCAGGGAGGGGGUGCUCAUCCCCCGGCCGGAGACGGAGGCUGUGGUGGACAUGGUGGCGGAGGUGGCGGUGACAGCGGCGGCGGAGGGGGAGGGUGGGGGGCCCUGGGCGGACCUGGGCACGGGCAGCGGCGCUCUGGCGGUGGGAAUCGCCAGGGUUUUGGGGGAUGGAAAAGGGGGAAAGGUUUAUGCGACGGAUGUGAGCUCAGAUGCCAUCGAAGUGGCCAAGAUCAAUGUGCAGAGAUAUGGACUAGAGGUUAGUAAAUGUUUUCUUUUUCCUUCAGGUAUAAUUAUUCAGUUUUGCAUGCGUUUAUUUGAAUUUAACCGGCUCUUCCACGAUGGGCUGACGAUGCAAAAUGUGAAUUAUUUCACUAUUUUCUAGAAUUAUUUUCUCUACAUCAUGGGAGCAUUGACUCGUUCGAACUGUUUUCCCAGAUUUUGGGAGACUGAAAGAGGGUAGUUUUCCUCGCAAACGUUCUUUUUGUGUGCUCUUCUCGAUUCGAUCAAUUCUUCCACUGUAUGUUGAGUAUAGGCCAACAGAAAAAAACGGAGGGUAUUUUCAAAGUGUCUGAAUCUUCCCUGCAUCAAAAUUAUGAAAUGAUUUCCAAAAUAUCUUCAAGGUUGAAAACUUUCAAUGGGGAGUUUCCCAUUGAAAGUUCUUCCGAAUUUAAUCAGCUUCGCCUCGAAAAACUCGGAGAUUUUUCCGGAGUCUGAUCAUUGUCUUGGCUGAAUAUAAAAAGUAUUUCCCGUUUCCUGGAGAUUUGGACUCCUUCUGAUCUGGGUUUCUCUGAAACAUUUCUAAAACUCCUCGGAUUAAAGCAUUAUUUGAGUUUGUUUUCCUACAAGUUUAGUGCAAGAUUUUUUCUUUUUUUUUCUCUAGGGUUUAAGCUCCGAUUCUCUCACCGCAGCUUCUCUGAUGCCCCAACAAUCACAUGGUCGAGAUAUUAUUGGUUUCCUUCUCGUGCAUAGAAUGGCAGAAAUGAAACUCUGGACUAGGCUAAUCUUUGGGAGACAUGGCACGAGAAAAUGUAUGUAUUAUUUCAAUUUUUUGAGGACCCAACUAAAAAAAUUGCAACUUUCCAUUUGCAGCCAAAUUUGGGUCUUGUUCCGUUGUACCCUUUUUCUUUCCCAGUUAUGUCUUCGUUUGAUGUUCGUAAAGGAUCAGGAUACAAUCUCCUGUCCGAUGAGGAAACUAGAGCUCGAGUAUAAAAGCAUGAGGGAGGGCCUAUUCUGCUCAUUGCUAAUGGGGCUUUGAAUUGGACGGUCUAAUUCCUCGAGAGAAGCGAGAGCAUGAAAUAUAUUAUCUGAACAAAAAAGUUUACAGAUUUCGCCUUUUUCAGUCAAUUUUCUCUGUUAUUCUACCCACAUCCACAAGAAGCAUGUCUGAAAAUGUUCUGCUCUGGCCACCUUAUUUGUCAUGUCUAGGACAAGGUUGAGAUAAGGCAGGGCUCCUGGUUUCAACCUCUAGGUGAUCUUGACGGGAAGCUCGCCGGGCUAGUCAGCAACCCUCCUUACAUUCCGAGCCGCCAUCUCCCGGGGCUGCAGCCCGAGGUCUCUGGGCACGAGCCAUGGCUCGCAUUGGACGGCGGGGAAGACGGGCUCGACCACCUCCUCCACCUCUGCAAUGGGUCCUCAUCAGCUCUCAGGCCCGGCGGGUUCUUCGUCUUUGAGGUGGAAUCCUCCCAGAGCUUGGCGUUUGAUUGAUUUUGGAUGAAUGAGCUGUACUUUUUACAGGGCCUGGUUGGCUUUCGGGCUUUUUCAGGCCAGCCUGAUUGAGUCGAUUCUUACUAUCUCUCCUCUCCUUCUGGCAGACGAAUGGGGACGAUCAAUCCGAGUUCAUUGCCGACUUUGUGACCACCAAAUGCAGAGGCUGCUUCAAUGGCGUGAAGAUAGUUCCGGACUUUUCUGGAAUCGGGCGCUUCGUCACGGGGUUCCGGAGGUAG